CUUGUUCUACAAAGAUAGGUCUAGAAUAUUCUCGUGUAUGUGAUAGACUCAGAGCCGCAAGAAAGGUUGCCGUGGAGGAGACUUUUAAUCCCAUCUUCACUUUGGCAAAUUCCUCACUGACGACGUCGCAAGCUACCGGCAUAGAUAUUAGACUACAAUGUAUGUCAUUUAACAGCACUAAAUCGAGUGAGACUAG